AUGAAUGUUCUUAAAAGUUGGUUUGCCUAUAUAUCUUUGCUCGGUCAUCAAGUGUUGCUGCGCGAACAACUCAGGGUGACACCCGCUCUCGCCACGCUCGGUCAUCAAGUGUUCUUGCUUGAGCAACUCAGGGUGACUCCUGGUCUCUCCACGCUCGGUCAUCAAGUGUUCCUGCACGAGCAACUCAGGGCUAAGAUGCUAGAAGAAAUGGAUGCAGAGUUUGGUAUUGGUAACCUUGUGGAAGAGGAGUUUGCACCUCUCAUGAACAAGGGAAAGGAAUACACAUCCAGGGAUCUCAAAGGUAUCAAGGUUGAACAUGGAAUGGGUUCAUUCAAAGAAGGAAAAGCUGUUAUUUUAACAUUAAAAGACAAAGGCAUACUUGAUGAAGAUGACGAAGGUGAUACUCUUGUGAACGUGAAUAUUGUUGAUGAUGAAAGGUCAAAAAAGAAUGUAGAAAAUAAGAAGAAGAAACCUGAUUAUAAGCCUUGGGAUGAGCCAGAGUAUGAUGAAUAUGGCAUGUUGAAGACUUCCAAUAUAUUAGAUAAAUAUGAUGAAGAAAUUGAUGGAGAAAAGAGGGAUGCUUUCACACUUGGCUCUGGUGGAAAAUAUGAUGGAGAGCAUGAGAAGAACAUGGAAAAAAUUAGAGCACAGCUUCGUCAGCAAGGGCAAUCUCUUUCUCUAGCUGCUCCAAAUAUAGCAAGUGAAUAUUAUACUCAGGAAGAAAUGGAUGCAAAGUUCAAAAAGGUUAAGAAAAAGGUCAGAAAGAUCCGAAAGAAGAUGGUUAAAGCUGAUGACCUGUUGCCACUUGAAGAUGAAGUUCCACGAUCAAGGAACAAAAGGGGUACAAAUGAGGAUAAUCAAGAGAUAACGCCCCAGGAGUCAGAGUGGGGUGCUGCAUUCAUGUCAGGGAUGGGGCAGGUUCAAAGUACAGAAGACAUGGAAGUGGACAAACCAGACUUUGAAGAUGGUGAGAGUUUUGUUCAUGUUCACGCGGAGCUGCCAUUGGUAGGACAGACAUUUGUAGUGAAAUUAUUUGAAAGAUUGAAAAAGGGUACAAAUGAGGAUAAUCAAGAGAUAAUGCCCCAGGAGUCAGAGUGGGGUGCUGCAUUCAUGUCAGGGAUGGGGCAGGUUCAAAGUACAGAAGACAUGGAAGUGGACAAACCAGACUUUGAAGAUGGUGAGAGUUUUGUUCAUGUUCACGCGGAGCUGCCAUUGAUAGCAGAGAAGAUUAUUGCCCAGCGGGGAGCAGAUACAAACAGUGCAGGUGUGGCAGGGUCAAUUGUUCUCAACUCCACAUCUGAAUUCUGCCGCACCCUGGGAGACAUCCCUACAUAUGGCCAGUCUGGCAAUAGGGAGGAAGAUAAGGAUGAACUAGGGGAAUUUGAGUCUGAAUUGUUGGAGCAGAGAAAAAGGAGAGAAGAGGAAGAAGAGGAGAAGACCAACCGCUGGGAAGAAGUUGCCAUCGACACGCAGCCUGUUGAGAUCAAGGAGGAAGAAAAAGUUGUUCUUGAUGAUGAGCCCACAGUAGACAAGGGUCUGGCUGCUGCUUUACAACUGUCUGUUAAAAAAGGCUUCCUUGUACAUGAGGUAGCAAAGAAAUUGCCCACAAGCAAACUUGUUACAGAAAUGGAGGCCCAGAACUAUUCCAUUGAGGACAAGCGGUUUGAUGACAUAGAUGAGAAGUACAAAAAGCGUGACAGGUUCUACAACAGUGGGAUAGUGACAGAGUUUAAAGAGAAGGAAAGUUACAAACCAGAUGUUAAAAUUGAAUAUGUUGACGACAAAGGUAGAAAUCUGGAUUCCAAGGAGGCUUUUAGGCAACUUUCACACAGGUUCCAUGGAAAGGGAUCAGGAAAAAGAAAGCAAGAAAAAAGGUCGAAGAAGAUGGAGGAGGAUGAGUUAAUGAAACAGAUGAGUUCCACAGACACACCACUGCACACAUUGACAAGGCUGAUUGAGAAACAGGAGAGGGAAAAGACACCUUACAUAUUGCUUAGUGGUAGCAAGCAUGUGGCAUUAACUAAACCAUCCCAGUGAGGUCAAUGCUCAUCUUCCUGUGUUGCAUAUGCUCUUUCUUAUCAAGUACAGUGUACCAUCAAUGUGUAACCUUGAGACACUAUUCUGUUGAAUUAUCAUAGAAAAGAUACAAUGCAGAUAAUUCAAUCACAGUUUGAGUGUUUUAUGACAAUGGAUCAAAAUACAGUUUUUGUUGCUCACAGUGAGGAAAUAUUGUGUCAUAAGUUGAGAAAAUGCUAAUGGUCUACCAAGUCUGUAAAUUGUGUUAUAAAAAUGUAAAUAAGACAUUUUACAAGCUGUAAAAAUGUAUUUCAUAAAUCAUGAGGUAUCAAAACGUAAACACUAGAUGAUUCCAACUUGAAUAGUGUUGAUUUUGUUCAUUCCUUGUACAGUCGUGCCUCAUUGUAUAUCAGCAACUUAAAACUUAAGUCUUACUUGAUAAAUCAGUAUAUGUAUUUGUGCAGAUUCCUUGAAAAUUAUGCAGUGUAUGUAAACUAUUAAUUAUUAUCACUCAUUAAUUUUGUAACACAUUGCUGUAUCUCUGUUAAGGUAAAUUAGAAGACAU